AUGUAUGGAAAUAAUGGCUGCACUGGCGGAAUUAUGGACUAUGGUUUUGAAUAUAUCAUAGAUAAUGGAAUCACAUCAGAUGCUAUAUAUCCUUAUAAAGCUAAACAAGGGAUUUGCCAAGCAGGCUUAUCAAGUAAUAUUGCAGCCCAAAUCACGAAUUAUUAUGAUCUGCCUUCAAAUAAUCAAGCAAAUAUGCUGCAAGUUGUAGCGAAUUUUUGAUUUAAAAAUUUAAAAAAAAAUAAAAAAAUAAUGGGAAUUUUUUUGGGAAAAAAAAUUUUGGUAGCGAAUCAACCUUUGUCAGUCGCGGUCGAAGCAAAUCAAGCCGCUUGGCAAUUUUAUCAAGGCGGGAUUCUGACUGGAAAUUGUGGAAACGAUCUUGAUCAUGGAGUGCUUAUAGUAGGAUAUAAUUUGUCCACUAAUCCAAACUAUUGGAUUGUAAAAAAUUCCUGGGGACCUGAUUGGGGUGAAUCAGGGUAUAUUAGAAUUUUGAUAAAAGGCGGCACUGGGGUUUGCGGUAUUAAUAUGGAAGCGUCUUAUCCAGUCAUAAGUAGCUAA